AUGAAUAGCAGGGCUCCACUUUCCGUGGGGAGAGUGACAUUCUUUGGCCGGCAUCGCGGGGAGGUCAACUGCUCUGCCUUCUCUCCUGAUGGCCAGACGCUGCUCACAGCCUCUGAGGACGGCUAUCUGUACGGUUGGGAGACCAAGAGUGGGCAGCUGCUGUGGAGGCUGGGUGGCCACACAGGCCCGGUGAAGUUCUGCUGCUUCUCCCCCGAUGGCUACCUUUUUGCCAGCUCCUCCAGUGACCGUACCAUCCGCCUGUGGGACCUAUCAAGAGCCGAAUGUCUGUGGGUGCUGAAAGGUCACCAGCGGAGUGUGGAGACACUCAGCUUCAGCCCUGACUCAAGACAGCUGGCAUCAGGUGGCUGGGAUAAGCAGGUGAUGCUCUGGGAAGUGCAGUCGGGACACAAACUGCGCCACUUGGAAGGGCACCAUGACUCCAUCCAGAGUAGCGACUUCUCCCCCAAUGCCAACUGCCUGGCCACAGGCUCAUGGGACUCUACUGUGCGCAUCUGGGACCUUCGGGUAGGGACCCCAGCUAUAUUCCAUCAGGAACUGGAGGGUCACAGCGGCAACAUCAGCUGUUUGUGUUAUUCAUCAUCUGGCCUCCUGGGAUCUGGCUCCUGGGACAAGAACAUCCACAUCUGGAAACCCAAUACCAGCAGCCUGAUGGUCCAGCUCAAGGGCCAUGUAGCCUGGGUGAACAGCAUAGCUUUCUCUCCGGAUGAGGGGCAGCUGGCCAGCGCUAGCUACUCUGGAACGAUCAAAGUCUGGGACUACAACACAGGAAAGUGCCUUGAGACCUUGAAGGGAUUUCUGGAUGUGGCCCACACCUGUGCCUUCACCCGACAAGGCAAACUAUUGGUGUCUGGAGCUGCUAUUUAGGCAAGACACCAAGUCCACUGCUUGUUCAAGUCACACUUGAACAACACAGGCCCACAGUAACUAAGAGUGCCCAUCAGACCCUGCAGCCAGGACUGCCAACACCACACCAAGGCAGCUGACAUCUAC